AUGACAAGAAAUGGUCAAAAAUGGCCUUAAAGGACCUAAAAUUUGCCCAAAAUGCUCAAGAACACAUAAUUGUUUUCUUUGCCUGAAAGCUAGGGGGAGCCAAGGACCCACCCUGCCCAUAGGUAUGGGCGCCCUUGGCGUCUGACGAUGACUUGGGUCCUGGGAAGUUGCGGAAGUGGUCGGUUUUGGCCCAUUUGAAGGAGAAAGCCGACAAUGUGAAGAUUUUGAAUUCACCGGCUUCCGAGUGCAUGCUGCGAGAAAAGAUCCCGGGCCAAAGCAAAACUUCGUAGGAUAAAGAUAACACGGCAGAACUUGCCAAGUCAUUUCUUUUACUUCUGAGUACGCGAGAUAAAACGUGUUACUCAUCAUUGGGAGAUCGCGACAGGCGACGACCUUGGACUGGCGCGCAGACUGCAAUGUCAUUCCACACGAGUUAACCUCGGCGAUGCGCGUUUGUUUCGUUCACCCAUUCUCUUCUCCGCGCAGCCGCUGGGCACAGCGCUGCUCUCUGGCGGUUGAGAUAACACGCAGGGAGAAUGUCUUUGAAAAAUAUCAUUAUCGGUUACUGUUUCGCUCUGUACUACGGAUUGAUCGUCUGUGCUCACGUGUUCUGGAGGUGGCUGAAAAACCCUUCGAAAAAUGUAUUUGCAGUGAAGGAGAGGCCCGAACCACCGCCUUGUCUACUUGACCCGGCGUACGGUUCUCACUGUUACGUUACAGUCAACGGCAUCAAAAUCCACUAUGUCGAGAAAGGCGACAAAUCGAAACCACUUAUGCUGUUUUUACAUGGAUUCCCAGAAUUUUGGUAUUCGUGGCGGUACCAAAUCAAAGAAUUCAGCAAGGAUUACUGGACUGUUGCAAUGGACAUGCGAGGUUACGGCGACUCGGACAAACCUUCUGGAAUUCGCAACUACCAGUUGAAGUACCUCGUAGAUGAUGUUGUAAAGGUUAUUGAAGCUUUAGGCCGUGAGAAGUGCGUCCUGGUGAGCCACGACUGGGGCGGUCUCGUGGGGUGGGCCGUGCUGCAGGCCCGUCCGGACAGGCUGGAGCGGUACGUCGUCAUGAACGCCCCGCCGGUCUCCGUGUUCAAGGAACUGCUCGCCACCAACAAGGCGCAGUUUCGCAAGUCCUGGUAUAUGUUUUUCUACCUCCUGCCGAUUCUCCCAGCCCUGGUUUUGAGAUCGUGGGAUAUAAGAAUAUUUGACGAAAUAUUCAAAAAGAAAAUUUCCAGCACACCACAGGAGACUGAAGAAGACAUCGAAGCUUUCAAAUACACUUUUAGCAAAGCAGGAGCAUUUUCCGGCCCUUUGAACUACUAUCGGGCUCUAAUGCUUGGAAUUGGCACUUCAUCUUUGAAACCAAAGCCUGUUGAAGACCCACCAAGAGGUUUGUUCCUGUUUGGGGAAAAAGAUGAUUUCAUUGAAAUUGCUACAGUUGAAAUGGCCGAGAAGAGCAUAAAGAACCUUUCCACAAAAAUAGUGAAAGACGCGAACCACUUUGUGCAGCAGGAUGAACCUGUGAUUGUCAACAAAUUGAUGAGAGAUUUUCUGAAUGAAAAAUAAUCCUGGUUUUUUAUAAUUAUUUUUUAUAAUGUUUUGUAAAAUAUUGAUAAAGUGUAUUUACAAUAAAAUAAUAUUUUUUUAAAUAUAAAA